CUCCUGCACCAGGGAUACAGCCUUCUGCGUGGACUCUAAGUCGGUGCCCAAGAACCUGCCUUCAGAGGUCAUCUCCCUGACACUGGUGAAUGCUGCCUUCUCAGAGAUCCAGGACGGAGCCUUCUCCCACCUGCCACUGUUGCAGUUCUUGUAUGGAUGGCUUUGUGGAAGGGCGGGUGGGAACAUGGUAGAACUCGACAGAUGCUGAACUGGGGUGAGAGUAGAUGGAGGGAGGGCUUGAAAAUGCAGAUGCCCCAAUAGAGUAUGCUGGGGAAGGUGGAGUGACAUGGGGUCAGGAAUCCAGGCCGCAGGGAACCUACACACAGAAGCCAAGAGUGUGGGAUGGGGAAUGUAGACUCCACAUCUCUAGAGGGUCCAGGGAGUUGGGUUGGAAUGGUCUGGCCCAGUGCCAGAGACUGGCCACUUCUGGGAAGGGGGUCGUUCUAAACACAGGUGACCCUAGGGAUCACAGUUCUGGAGGCAUGGUGGACAGCAGGGCUAGAGUAGGUGAGGGUGAGGAUGAGGAUAAGAAGACUGGAUGAGGAGAUGCCAUGGAAGUGAGCCAGGAGCCAACUUGGCAGGAUAACUUUGCCUCCCACCAUAUCCAGGAGCAAACAAGGGAGCUUGUGGCAUGGGAACAAGUUCACACCUGGCCAUGCUGUCCAAGGGUCCUGAGGUUACUCAACUCCAACAAGUUCACGCUGAUUGGAGACAACGCCUUCACAGGACUGUCGCACCUGCAGUACCUCUUCAUAGAAAACAAUGAUAUCUGGGGUCUCUCCAAGUUUACCUUCAGAGGAUUGAAGUCCUUGACACACCUCUCUCUGGCCAACAAUAACCUCCAGACACUGCCCAGAGACAUCUUUCGUCCCCUGGACAUCUUGAGUGACUUGGACCUCCGGGGCAACGCACUUAACUGUGACUGCAAGGUAAAGUGGCUGGUGGAGUGGCUGGCACACACCAACACCACAGUGGCCCCCAUCUACUGUGCCAGCCCGCCCCGCUUCCAGGAGCACAAGGUGCAGGACUUGCCUCUUCGGGAAUUCGACUGUAUCACCACUGAUUUUGUCCUCUACCAGACUCUGUCCUUCCCAGCAGUGUCUGCAGAACCCUUCCUUUACUCCAGUGACCUCUAUUUGGCUCUGGCCCAGCCUGGUGCCAGCGCCUGCACCAUCCUCAAGUGGGACUAUGUGGAACGACAGCUUCGUGACUAUGAUAGAAUUCCAGCCCCCUCAGCUGUGCACUGCAAGCCAAUGGUGGUGGAUGGCCAGCUCUAUGUAGUCGUGGCCCAGCUGUUCGGUGGCUCAUAUAUUUACCACUGGGACCCGAACACCACCCGCUUCACCAAGCUGCAGGACAUCGACCCACAGCGCGUGCGCAAACCCAAUGACCUGGAAGCUUUCCGCAUCGAUGGUGAUUGGUUCUUCGCGGUGGCUGACAGUUCCAAAGCAGGUGCCACCAGCCUCUACCGUUGGCACCAGAAUGGCUUCUAUUCCCACCAGGCCCUGCACGCCUGGCACCGCGACACUGACCUGGAGUUUGUGGAUGGUGAGGGCAAGCCACGGUUGAUUGUGUCUAGCAGUUCUCAGGCACCUGUCAUCUAUCAAUGGAGUCGUACUCAGAAACAGUUUGUGGCUCAGGGAGAGGUGACUCAGGUGCCUGAUGCCCAGGCUGUGAAACACUUUCGUGCUGGCCGAGACAGCUACCUGUGCCUUAGCCGCUAUAUUGGUGACUCCAAGAUCCUGCGCUGGGAGGGUACCCGUUUCUCAGAGGUGCAAGCCCUUCCCUCCCGAGGUUCACUGGCCCUACAGCCCUUCCUGGUGGGCGGUCACCGCUACCUGGCACUGGGCAGUGACUUCUCCUUCACCCAGAUCUACCAGUGGGAUGAGGGGCGACAGAAAUUUGUACGGUUCCAAGAACUGGCAGUACAGGCCCCUCGGGCCUUCUGCUACAUGCCUGCUGGAGAUGCCCAGCUGCUCCUGGCCCCCAGUUUCAAGGGACAAACACUGGUUUACCGACAUGUUGUGGUGGACCUUAGUGCCUAGAGGGAGGCUAAGUCCUUUGGGUUCCUCAGGGUGGUACUGUAUGAUGGUGAAGACCUCUGUGAGCAACUUGUGGCCCCAAAUGAGGUCACAUGUGGCUAACCUGUCUAUGUAAGACACACACACAUGUACACAGAAGUGGGCCUGGGCACACUCCAGAGACUAGCCCAGGGGAGCCAUUCCCAUUACUGUAGUCAGCACCUACAUAUGCGCCAGGCACCCAACAUCCAGGUCCUCCUCCAUGUGUGCACCAAUGGCUGCUCAUCUCCAGUGCUCCCAUACUCCGUCACUAGUGUGUCUGACUGAUUCAGUGGGUACAGGAAGGGGUGAGCCACAGCCUUCUCUUCUCAGCUUAGCCUUCUGCUCUCUGGCCUUUCCCCUGGAUGCUCAAGGUGUUUGUCUACCUGUUUAGCAUUCACAGUUGCAGCCUCCCUCCAGGUACGCCCACACUUCCAAGUGUGUCUGCCCAUGCCAUGCUCCUUCUGCAUGUGGACACUGAUGGAUAAACUCGGCUAUGUACUUGUGUAUACCUGGCCACACUCCUACUUCCGUAUAUGCACAUGUCUGGGAGUGUAUACACGAGUAUACGGGGUGCUGAACAAACCGGCUUCCUUGUAAUCGCCUAGCUGCUCUUCUUGGAGGGUGCCUACAGCACCCACACUUUCUCUGCUCUCCCCAUUGUGCCCCCUAUGUGGCUAAUAAGGAUAAUAACAGGAAGCAUGGCUGUGGCCUUCCAGGGACAAAGCCAUUUCAUCCCGAAGCACUAAUAACAAGAGGCAACAGCAACUGGGUUCUUGGCAGUACAGUAUAGCUUUCUUCUCAUUAGAAUUUCCUUCUGUGACUCAAUCCCAGCCCAACUGGACACGGGUGGAAAAGGGAGGCUUUCUCUGGAAUAGCUAUUGCUUUUUCAAGCUCGGGCCAUCUCCUUUCUCAUCCCAUCUUUGGGAUGUGGACCCUGAACUGUGAUUGCUCCUUGGGUGGAUAUAAAAACUAGACAAGGCAAGAAUCCUGGGAGAGCCUGUAUGGGUGCCAGGAACGUGUUGGUAGCCCUGGCACCCAUCCACUCCAUGGAGAUGCCCCCCACCCCACCCCAGGCACAGCUCAGUGGAGGCUGGAUGAGGGUGGCAGGAGGGACACCUGGAAACCAGGCUUCUGCUGCCCUCUGCUGUCCACUGGGAGCAGCAGCCCAGAAGCAGGAAAUGGCCAGGCUGAGAGAAAUUCUUGUGGCCUGAUGCCUGGAGCAUCUGGGGAUAAUGUUGAUUCCUUUGCUUCAAAUAAAGUUCCACCCCACUGCUA